AAGAAGAGUCGCUGCUGCAGUCCACUUGUUGAAUGACAGCGUGCAGGUUGUUUUCGUUUCACUGUCUGGCUCUCUGCUUUGGAAACAACUCACCACACAACAUCGUAGAGUCUCAGCUUCUCUCACAGCCGACCCACUGGGAAAAAACAAAAUGCGGGACCGGACUAAAGAAUUAGGAAAUAAUGCAGAGACUUCAGAUGAGGAGGAUGAAGGCAAAGCUCUCAUGAUCAAACCAGGGAGCUCCUCAGCCAGAGAGGAGAAGGACAGUGAUCAUUUCUUUAAGAAGGUGCAAGAAAUCCACGAGGGUCUGCAGAGUCUCAAAAGGAUGGUGUCUAACCUCGAGAACAAACAGAAAACUGUGCUCGGGGUGGCGCUGCCGGAGGAGAUUAUGAAGAAAGAGCUCCAGACUCUUCGAGACGAGAUAAAAACAUUGGCGAGUCAGAUCCAAAGGAAACUCAAGAGUAUUGAACCGAAGAAGGGAGAAGAGGAUGGAAAAUAUGUUCCAAUUAACGCUCGGAUGCAACGCACCCAGCACGGCGUCUUGUCGAGGGAGUUUAUGGAGCUGAUGGGUCACUGUAGCACCAUCCAGUCCCAGUACAGAGACCGCAACGUGGAGAGAAUACAGCGGCAACUCAAAAUCACUGGGACCAACGUGACGGACGAGGAACUGGAUUUGAUGCUGGAGAGUGGACAGACGGAUGUGUUCACCCAAAAUAUCCUUAUUGAUGCUAAAGCCACAAGGCAGGCUCUGAAUGAGAUCGAGUCUCGGCACGACGAGAUCCUGAAGCUGGAGCAGAGCAUCAGAGAGCUGCACGAUAUGUUCCAGUACCUCGCCAUGGAGGUGGAGGCUCAGGGGGAGAUGGUCAACCAGAUCGCAAACAACAUCAACCAGUCGGCCGACUACGUGGAGAAAGCGAAGGAUAACGUAGAGAAGGCCGUCACGUAUCAGCAGAAAUCACGCAAGAAAAAGUUCUGGAUAGCAGUCUGUUUGGCCAUCCUCCUCCUCAUCCUAAUCAUCUCAUUGGUUACCGCCUUCGGCACCUAACACCAGGAACUGUGAGCUGACGGCUGAAGACUUGUUUAGCAGAAGCACAUCAACGAAAGACAAAAAAAAAAAAAAAAAAGAAAUCCACCUUAAUGUAAAUAAUUUCAUCCCACAGGAUGUACGGGUGAAUUCAGUUUGUUAUCAUCCCUCUGCUUUUCAUAUUCGUCCUCUUCUAACCCUCCUGUUUGUUUUUUUUAAAAGAAGAAAUUUGCUUUUUACUCACAAAUGACCACAAUCUCAACAGCAUUUCAACUUCCACUCAUGUAGUGCUGCUGGUUUAUGGAACCCCCCCCCUCCCCGUCAGAUUCUGGUUUGCAAAACAAAGACAAUUUGUGAACUGUUACUCUUUCCCCUCCUGAAAAAAGAGGAAAUAAGUGGCCUUGAGCAAAGCACAAUGCAGUAUUGAAACCCCUCAGAGGCGCUGAUCAAACUGUACUCAGGAAACUGUGCGUUGUUUCUCGUUACGUUGACGUUUCCGGAUGAAUUAGAGGCGCAAAUAACACAUUUUAAUAGAGAAGGUGUUUCUUUUUAGGCAAAUAGACUAAUAUAAUUGUACAUAACCUUAUAUUGCUGGUGAUUAAGACAUUCUUUAUGCAGAUUUUUUAAAACUUGAAAGAUGUUUCAAACUGCCUACAUGGAACAAAUGUAAAUAUUUUUUCUGUUUUUGUGAAAUAUCAGCCCUUUUUUUUUUUUUUUUUUUUUUAUACAGAGGUGUCUCAACACUGCGGUAAACGGCCCAAGGCCCUCUCUUAUUUGUCCUACCAGUUUGUAUUUAUGAUGUAAGACACUUGAUGUGCGAGCUGCUGCAACCACACAUUAUGAAAUCUUUAUUUCUCAAACGCAGUGCCUUAUCCUUUAUGUCCAUGUGAGAAUGUGAUGAUGUGCACCAACAUCGUCCAGAAGAGAUGGAGUGCGUUUUUAAUUUGUUUGAAUUCACGCAGAAAAGUUUCAGCUGUCAGAGCUCAACCAGACACAUUUACUCUUAUGCAGACUUUAUUUUUUUCUUUACCCGUUUGUCACAUUGUGCAACUUCUGUCUUCCUUGUUUAGUAAUUUUAAUUUUGAGUGGAAAUCCUGGAGCGAAUGAUGUGUUGGCUGACCAUUAAACACAUUUUACGUAGACAAACUGUGCCGCCACGAUAUGACAAAUCUGUAAAGAAAAAUAAACCAAAACGGUUUGUUAAAGUUCAGCGAAGUAAAAAGUUGACGGAGCUUUGCUGCUGUGAAAUGUUACGGCUGUUGAAUUUUUGCAUCACUCAUUUUACUAUAGAUUUGUUUUUAAAUAAAAUACAUGUUCCAUUUG